ACACGCAUUCAGAUGCAGGGAGCGGCCAACAUACUCCAUUUAGCUUCAUCCGCUCCCACCAAAGCUACAUGACCGCCGGCAUUGCCGUGCUGCUUAGCCUGGUCGCUGUUGGACUCGCUCCUCUGACGUUCAUCAAUAAAGAGGAGAUAUAUGGACUGUCCACCGCUUUUGACACCUUCAAGCGCGACCAAGACAACAUGUCCACUAUUGUUGACGACAUUGGUGCUACUGUUGACGCCUUGAAGCGCGACCAAGAUGACAUACGCAAACUGUCCACCACUGUUGACGUCUUGAAGCGUGACCAAGACGAAAUGCGCCAACUGUCCACCAUUCUUGACGCCUUGAAGCGCGACCUGGACAAUGUGCACAGCCGAAUUGCCACCUUUGGAUCUUGUCUUCAUGGUUACACAGCGUUCCGUGGAAUCUGCUACAAGGCCUUCAACAGAUUAAAUAUCUUCAGCGGAGCGGCCGCGGCCUGUCGACAAGACGGCGGGACCCUUGCCAUGCCCCGAGACGCCGAGACCAACGCCUUCUUGAUCUCCUUGUACAAGUCCGUGAGAGCCAACGGGCCCUUCUGGUUCGGCCUACACGAUCAGCGCGAAGAGGGAAGCUUUGAGUGGGUGGAUGGUUCUGCACUUGGGACGUACAACUCCUGGGGUGUAGAACAACCGGACGACAAAUGGGGAAAGGAAGAUUGCGUUUAUUACUCCUGGACGUCGACCAAUAUCGUAAAAGGCUGGAAAGAAAAAUGGAACGACGCACCAUGCAACGAGCAGCAUCGCUUCAUAUGCCAGGCUGUUCCAGGACGUCCAUAGACAACCGACGGAACUCUCACCACCACUGUACAGCGGCUCUCCGUCCAUCCGAAGUAAGAGUAACUUGGUAAAACGUUAAAGAGAGACAUCUUUAUUUGCAUGUUCUUGCCCAUGUGGGCUAAAUGAAGAGAUUCGGUAGUAUUACAUUGAAUACUAAGGGCUAAAUACUAGUGUAAGUAGUGAUACAAGCGAACAGUUGGAUAAACAAAACUGGAGCUAUGCUAUCACUAUAACUAUUGUCUACAUGCCUCUUUCCCCUUCUUAAAAGAAGUGUAUACGACCUCACAUAGUUUUGUUGUACAAUGUUGUCUGUGACUGUCAUUUCAUAUAAAUAGUUUCUCAGUUUCUUAUAUGCAUAGAGAGAAUUUACAGUGUUUUUUUUUACAUUAUCAGCCAGGAGUUCUUUUAUGUGAAGAUAUUUCUAGCAAGGGAAAAGCUCUUGGUUCAGCCCCAUUAAGUUAAUUUUUCUAGAUCUGUUUUGGGGCUUUUCAUACAAAAUGCUGAAAAAAACAGGACAAACAAAAUGUAAAAACUUUAAAAAACUUAAGACAAGGCAAUACGUUACUUAAUUUAUUAUAGCAGACUUUUGUUGUAGUGAAUGGACGAAAAACCAAAGUGUCACAAUUACUGGUAUUUAUUGCGUAAAGUCCCUUUGC